UCCAUACACCUUCAUUUCAAUUAAACAAGGAUAUGCCCAAUACCUAGGCAUGGGUCGGGCUGUAACUCGGCCCAACCAAGUGUCUACUUCAACCUCACCCAUGUAGGGCUCCAUCCACUGCCUUCUCACACGAACCGUUUGUUGCAGAAAUGGAGGUGCAGCGCGAGAACCGCAACAUCCGCGACAACCAGCGGCGGCAGCUGGCAGAGAAGCACGAACUGAAACGCAUGCUCUUUAAGGCUUUCCUGAGGGACCCGGAUAUUCCGGCGGAGGUGAGGGAGCAACAGCAGUGGAAGCUCGCCAAAUUGCCCAGGAACAGCUCCUUCACGCGCGUCCGCAACCGCUGUAUCUUCACUGGCCGCCCACGCGGCGUCUACCAGCUCUUCCGCAUGUCUCGAAUCGUCUUCCGCGAGCUCGCGUCCCGGGGUGCAUUGCAGGGCAUCAAGAAGGCCUCCUGGUAGAAAGUGCAAGGAUCCAAGGAAAAAGGCAUUCUUGCUGCCCUCCCCUUUUCCCUUGACUUGGGCCGAUCAAUAAGUUUUUGUUGUGGUAAUAGUUGAUCUGGAAUGACUGUGUUUGUCAAUAUUUUGAUAUCUAUAUCAUCUGAUUUUGUGAUGUUCUGUGUUUUUGUUGGGAUUAAUGAAUGGGUUAAUGAAACAAAGAUGUUAGUGACUUUUCUUCUCUUCGGAACCAUUAAUGCUAUAUGAAACGCGAUUGUUUGGCCUUUUGGGCUUUGA